AUGAGACAUCCUCGGAAGAUCACCUAUGACACAUCGAACUCCGUGGAACGCAUAGAGCAUUCCACCAACACACGUAAUACGCCCAGUGAUGCAAGAGAAACCCAUACGUCACACAUUAGACGUGCGGCCGAGGGUUUCCGUCAGGACAGAGUGGAACGGAUGAUGCGUUCAAAAAAACAGGAAAACGCACCCGGAAACAAAGAGUUGUCAGGGGAUUUAAAGAAGAUUAGAGACAUGAGAAGAAUUACACUGACUGAAGAAGCCAGAAAUGUUUCAUCUAUAUUGGACACUCUUUCUUAA